AUGACUGGCAGAACAGGCAUGCGGGAAGCAGAGGAGGUCCUGCCGCUGCUAGCGCUAGAGACCGGCUCAUCCGUUGUCUGUGCCAGUUCUUAUGACCACAGCAAACUUUUAAACAAUGACCAGUUGUCGAAAGCACCCUAUCAGUGCGCAGGAUACGUGUCCUAUGUGCUGAAGAAGGAUAGCAGUGGCAGCCGAAGACAACUAACCGCCGUGUACGGCUCCAUACCUUCCGUCACAACUCGAAAAGGCGGUAGCUUGCCUAUUAUUACGCAACCUGCAGUGACUGAUUCUCUGCUUGGCGGCAGCGAUCAGCAAAGCAACCAGAGCGAGACUGAGAGCGAUAGUGAUGGUAGUUGUACUACUAGUAGCACAAAUGGAUCACUGCAGUCCAUUUUAAGAAUGCCUUCAACCGACUUUUCGUGCCGCAGUCUGAAGAAGAGGGCGUCGGUCGAUUUUGCACUGGAUAUUGAUAGCGGUGAAGAUGACGACACAAAGGAGGGUCUAAAAGGAUCAUGCGCUGCACGUUGCUUACCUCGCCGCCUUACAAUCGAAGAAAAAACAGCUUUAUAUCGUGUGCGUCCUGAUCUCGAACUUGUGCCUACAGUAUUGCUGCUCUCAGAGCUUGAGGAAUUGCGACGAAGGCGCCAGCGCAAUCUUAUGUUUUCAAGCUUGGGCGCGUCGCUCAUUUUGCUUAUGGUGAUCGUCUUUUACUAUCUCGUCUCUCAAAUGUAA